AUGCCUCCGAUGCCAACCACCAAGCUGGCCAGCAUCAAGCAGGGCCUACCAAAUUGUCAAAAGAUCGCUAUUCUUCACCAAGCCACUGAAGAUAGCAAAAAGGUCACACUGUAUCCAGCAUUUCCAAAAGAGCUGGCUAUAGUUUUCUCCGGGUAUAUCGCCAAAGCUUUCAACGCGGUACCUCUUUCCCAAAUCCCUCUUGCUGAGAUGAAGCCGCAGCGGGAGACGCAAGUGCUUAUCGAAGGCGGCAAUGCCGAGUCUCAUGGAGAGGUUUUGGAGUGGAUCUUGUCCUGCGGUAGAGCGGGCAAGACAGUUCCAUUUCGAUGGUUCAACUCUCCGGCGUUUCACGCCUAUGGCUUGGUCUACCUCUCCUGUGCCAAGCUCCAAGUCAACGUGUUGCAAGCUCAAGUCCAGGCGCGUAUGCGGGACAUUGCAGCAAAACAGGUGCAUACACUCGAUGUCGAGCGGGUGUUUAGCUCGUUGGCUGGGCCGCACAUGUUCAAGGAUAUGGUCUCCCACAGCAUUGGCCAGGCCAUGUGGGAUGGGAGACUACAAGCCAUGGGAGCGUACAAGGCUCUGUUCAAGAAGGAGGAGUACGCCGAGUUCAAAGAAGGUGUCGACGCCGUGUACGACAAACUGCUGAAGCAGUGGCACAAGACACCCGAAGGCAAGACUGCGAAGAAGGAGCAGGAGGAAAAGGAUCGGAAGGCCGAAGAGAAGCGAGAGAAGGCCAAGGAACGCCGUCAAGCCAACUUCCAACGAGCCGCAGCGAGACGGCACAACGUCGACCCGUCCAGUAUCAAGCCUAGUGGCAGUGAUACUUACACCCUCACCACCGACGCGCGACAAGUCCGAAAAGCCCAAGACGGUAGGCCUGGCUUCGUGCAGCUCGAUCUCGGCACGCUCGGUGUCUCCUCUCGAGACUUCCGACGGGCGGAUUGCCCUGCUCUGGCCCCAAAGGAGCAGAAAUCGUCGCCCACGGUAGAAAAACCCGCCGCGACGCAUUCAGCCGGUGGUGCGACGGCCCAAGUCGCUUCGAAGGAGGACACACCAGGCGACAAGGGCAAGGCCAACGUCGAUGCCAUUGAUACUGGUUCUCCCGCCAAGUUGAUCGAGGGCCUGGACGACAUGAAAAUUGGUUAA